AUGAAUAGGCCCAUUUAAUACGAAAAAUCGAUCAAGUUAGAAUUUAGGGUUUAUAGACAAGAAGGCAGCAAAGAUAACAGUGUCGACGCCGAGCUCUGUUUCCUAGCCUCCGUAUCUUCAUCAUCCACCUUCGCACACAAUGAUUAUCCCGGAGAAGAACCGUAAGGAGAUCUGCAAGUACCUCUUCCAAGAGGGAGUUUGCUAUGCGAAGAAGGACUUCAAUUUGGCGAAGCACCCUGAGAUUGACGUGCCUAAUCUGCAGGUGAUAAAGCUGAUGCAGAGUUUCAAAUCUCGCGAGUACGUGAGGGAGACCUUUGCUUGGAUGCAUUACUACUGGUUCCUCACCAACGAUGGCAUAGAGUUUCUCAGAACUUAUCUUAACCUUCCUUCCGAAAUUGUCCCUGCCACUUUGAAGAAACAGGCCAAACCACCUGGCAGGCCCUUUGGCGGCCCAUCCGGUGAUCGCCCUAGGGGUCCACCACGCUUUGACGGCGAGCGUAGAUUUGGUGGUGAUCGUGAUGGGUACCGUGGAGGUCCCCGAGGCGGUGGGGAAUUUGGAGGAGACAAGGGAGGAGCUCCUGCUGAUUACAGACCCACUUUUGGGGGUCCUGGCGGAAGGCCUGGCUUUGGUCGUGGAUCUGGUGGUUUUGGAGCGCCAACCAGUUCCAAUCUUCCAUAAGGAUAAUGUUUUCUGUUUUAUUUUUUGUUUAAUUUUUUAGAGAAUGUGCCUGUAGUUGGAGUUAAUAGAUUACCCUCUCGUAUUGAUUGUUUUAUCAGCUUAAGAGUUUAUAUUCAGUUUUCGUUCAAUGAAUAUUUUGAAUUGAGUUUAUACUAA